GCCGUAUACAAGUCAUCGAGACCAUUUGUUCGCCAUGUCGAUCUCGACAGGCACCCUGAACCUCAAGUUCAUGCAACGGGGCACCCCGCUCAAAGCAUCUCCGAGCGGCCCUUCCACCCCGACGCCCUCGACUCCCGGAACCCCCGUCCCCGCUUCCAAAGGUACAUCCACGUCGAGGACGCUAGUAGCAGAACAAGAUUCUGAAUGGCAGCUCCCUGCUUCGAAGCUCAAGGCGUUGCAGGCGGGCGCGGGACCGAGCAGACCGACGCAGACGAGAGGGAGGGUGUCUUACGAGUCGUCUUAUCUGCCGUUCCUCGAGCGCGGUCAGCCGGCUACGACGAGCAGUAGGAAGCAGUUGGAUAGCGAGGAAGAUGGGAGCGUAGAUGAUGACGAGGAUAAAGGCGUAGGGAGCAGCAAGGUCAUCAAGGGAAGGAUGAUAUUCGGGCAAUCCGCCAAACCGGAAAAAACAAACGACUCGGACGAUGAAGAACCCUCAUCACGCUCAAAUCGACCCAACGCUUACGCUCAAGAAGCUCAAUCUCAAUCACAUACCCGCUCGGGCCCGUCCUCGAGGCCCGGCAAACCCCCUCCUUCCACCCCUAACGGUAAAAAGCCUUCCAAGAAUGGAGCCGCAAAUGUCGAUGUGAAACCGAGCUCGAUGUCGAAACCGGACAAGCGCGGGUACAUCCGUCCGGCAGGGUUCGAUGAUCUUCCCACGCCCGCCUCCAGGACGGAGGAGCAGGGUCAAGGUCAGGCAACGAAAUCGAACCGGAGACAGAAACGAAAGUCGAACCAGGCCCCCGUUGCCGAUGACGAUGUCAAGACCAAGAGCCAGACUCAGGCAAAGCCAGAGGCGGACGACGAUGAUGACGAGGUCAUCCAAGGAGCGAGGAAGCGGAGAAAAAAGUCCAAGUCCAAGAAGGACAAGGUUGCUGUCAAGCAAGCGGGUGCGAACGGGAAUGGUGACGAUGAAGAUCCUGAAUUUGAAGAGUUUUUGGAGGAUCUCAUGGGCGAAAUCGAGGAUGAUCGAUAGAAGCGAGGUUGUCACGAUGGCUUGUAGCUUGUCACCAAUUCUUAUUGGCAUGGUGUGGAUGGGAACUGAUUAAGACUCGAUCUCAUCGAUAUGACGAGCACUCUGUACUCGAAUCCGUCAACUUGCGAGAAUGUAUGACCCGUUGUGACCGAGCAAGCAAGCGUAGAAUUUGACAUUCUUCGAUAGACCUCCACCUAGAGUGAUAGC